AUGGCUGCCAAUCUCGGUGAGAGAUCGCUGAACGAUGUGCACCAGGAAGGCCUGGAUGAGCUUCUUUCUGAUUUGAUCAAAUUCUAUCCUGAUUAUGUCAACAAGGAUGCGCAUUCCAUAGGUGUACCUGCACUGGAUGCAUUGCUUGAAGUGUUCGCACCGAAGACAUCGGUGUCAAGUGGUUUGAACGAUGGGCAAUAUCAAGACCGCAGAAUUUCCGACCAGGAUCAGCUCGAAGAAUCUCAAGAUACUGCAGAUGAGGAGAUGCUUCUGCAGAGUGAAUUGCUGGACCAGGAUCUUCAGAGGCCCAAUGAAAUAAACAUAACGCACGAUAAUAUCGGUCUAGCUGCUAGCCCGAUUUUCUCAGACACUGAUGGUAUGAAGAAACGAGCGACCCCGAUAGUGGAGGUUUCGAGCAGCUUGUCAUCUUCGGGAAAGUCGCAACUGCUGUACUACCUGACUGCACUUGCUAUUCUACCACGAAAAUGGGGUGAAUUCGCAGUGGGUGGCCAUGAGGCUGCUGCGAUUUUCAUAGACACCGAUGAUCGAUUCGAUGCCGAAAGACUGCGAGUCGUGGCUCGAGGUAUCAUGCAACAGCGAGGGCUAUCGAAUACCAAUGCCGAAGAACAGAAAGCACCGCUGUCAGAUUAUAACACUGAGUCAUUGCUCGGCUCUUCCCUCCAACAUGUCCAUGUCCUUCGUCCUCAAUCCUCCUCCGCUCUUCUAGCCACACUACAUUCUCUAGAAUCCUAUCUCUUCGAUCUCUCGCGGCACCGCUCUGCCUCACGCCCCCUGCAAAUGAUCGCCAUUGACAGUGUCACUGCAUUUAUUUGGCAAGACCGGCUGCGCGAUGAAGUAGCCCGAACAGAGGAGAUUGGACGCCUCCGAGAAGACGUCGAUCAUGAGCGCGAGCAAAAGCAGCGCUUCUACUUGGCAGAUCUUUAUGCUGAGCUAGCCAAGGAGCUGAAGCGACUGCAAAGUCAGUUUCAAUGUGCAAUUGUUUACACGUCGACUAUUUCUGGUGGCCGAGCUGCUGGCCCUGGCUUGUAUGACCAAUCUCAGACUCGGACGCCGUCGCUGAGACCGGCGCUUCCUGCGCCUUGGGGUACUUUGCCCACACUGCGUUUGAUUGUCCAUCGGUCUACUGUUCGUCCCUUUCCGCCUAGUAUGGCACCUCAGGUGGCGGUUAAAGAUGCUCCUUCACGACAGCGUGUGGUUCAACAAGGCAAGAUCUCUGCGUGGGUGAAUGCAUGGGGACGCGAUGAAUGGCCUCGCCGUAUAGUGGAAGCUAUCGAGGCGAGUAAUGGAGGAAGCUUCUCAUUUUACGUGCGCGAAUCAGGUGUUGAGAUAAACAGUCCCGAUGAUUGA